AUGAGGCUCAUUAUCAGAGACGACCCUUCGGCAGCAUCAUCCUACAUUGCCAAUUAUAUCAUCAACAGAAUCAAGACUUUCAAGCCAACACCUACACAUCCAUUUAUUCUCGGUCUGCCGACAGGAUCCAGUCCAGUAGGAAUCUACAAGAUCCUAGUUGAGAAGUACAAGGCUGGCGAGAUCUCGUUCGAAAAUGUCGUUACGUUCAACAUGGACGAGUACAUCGGUAUCCCCCGCGAACACCCCGAGUCCUACCACACUUUCAUGUACAAGCACUUCUUUUCACAUGUAAACGUUCACCCAAAGAACAUUCACAUCUUGAACGGCAAUGCGCCAGACUUGGAGGCAGAGUGUGUGGCAUACGAAGCUGCCAUCAAGUCAUUUGGUGGCAUUGACCUCUUCCUGGGUGGUAUUGGACCUGAUGGACACAUUGCUUUCAACGAGCCUGGAUCCUCUCUCGCCUCGAGAACACGAGUCAAGACGUUGGCGUAUGAUACUAUCAUCGCCAAUUCAAGGUUCUUCGACAAUGACUUGGAUAAGGUGCCAAAGAUGGCUUUGACAGUGGGUGUGCAGACGGUGUUGGAAGCUCGAGAGGUAGUGAUCAUCAUUACCGGAGCACACAAGGCAUUGGCCUUGCAAAAGUGCAUCGAAGGUGGUGUGAAUCAUAUGUGGACUCUUUCGGCUCUACAACUCCACCCUCACCCUAUGAUUGUGGUUGAUGAGGAUGCUACUUUGGAGCUUCAAGUCAAGACUGUCAAGUAUUUCAAGUCAAUUGAAACAGUCGCCUCAUCCCAAGGAUUUGAACAAAUCCUCCCCUCUGCCAUCCGAACUGGUCCGAGGGAAGGAAACAAGCAAAUUCAGCCUUUGCCAGAAGUUCACGAAUCACCAACCAUUCUUGCACCGAAACCACUUACCAGCACACUACUUUCCGCACCCGCAACGGAAUUUCCUCUUAGGAGUGUGAGCCCCGAUCUUAUGCCUGAGAGCAUGUCCGCCAGAAUUGCUGCUUACUAG